AUGGGCAAUUCCGAGUCUCGUGAUAUUUCCUUUUCUGGGUCCGAUAUUUCAUCUUUUACGAGACGCUCAAUGCCAUCACAGUCAAAUGUAGAUCCUUUUGAUGUCGAUAUGAUAUCUAUACGUAACAAAACACGUUCUGCGUCCACCGUAAUUGAACGAAAAGUCGUAGCUACGAAAAAUCGAUGUUACGUCCCACGGCCACGACCUUCUCGACGAUAUUCCAGUAUUUCCAGCUCUAGUAGUGAUGAAGAAAUGCAGAGAGAGAGAGGUGGUAUUGAAAAAGGUCAGGAGGUAAUAGAGGAAACGUCAUCGCAGCUUAGCUAUUGGUACUUGAUCAAGCACGGAUACACGGAACUGGUGCAUCUGAUCAUUCGACCGCCACGCACAGACUACGAUUUGGAGGAUCUAGGACCUACGGAAUUCUCGUUUGCUGGACAGGUCUUUAUUCGCGAAGAUUUUGUUGUAGUCAAUGACCGCAGACAGAAGCUUGUGUGCUCGCAUUGGCGACCAGCGACACCGUCGAUGACGCAAAUGAUGCCGUGUGUAGUCUAUUUACACGGCAAUUCAUCUUGUCGAUUGGAGGCGUUGGGAGUUUUACGAACGUGCUUGGCUGCUGGACUUACGGUUGCUGCUUUUGAUACAGCAGGAUGUGGAAAAUCCGAUGGGGAGUAUAUUUCACUGGGGUAUUACGAACGCGACGAUUUGAGCGACGUAGUGACGCAUCUUCGAACCAAGAUGAAUAUUGGCGCAGUAGCUCUAUGGGGCAGAAGUAUGGGAGCAGCAACAGCGCUCUUGCAUGCCGAUAGAGACCCGUCAAUUGCGGGAAUUGUUGUGGAUAGCGCAUUUGCUAGCCUUGGGCAGCUUGUGGAGGAGGUUGUGGACCGUGGACGUCAGGAAGGAUUGACACUACCGGGUUUUCUGGUAAAAAUUGUACUCAAGUUCAUUCGCUCGUCGGUAAAAAAGCGUGCGCAUUUUGACUUGCGGCGUAUUUCCCCAAUCGAUCAUGCUGCCAUGUCUUUUGUACCGGUGCUGUUUGUGGCUGCAGAGCACGAUUCGUUUAUAGCACCGCAUCAUAGCGACCAGAUCUUUGCGGCGUACGGUGGAGAUAAGAAUUUGGUUAAGGUAGAUGGAGACCACAACAGUUCGCGGCCACAGUUCUUACUUGAUUCGGCAGCAAUUUUCUUGCAGACGGCAUUGCAGGUGGAUACGGCAGCAACUGCGCAUAUGAGUAAUUUUGCUGAUGGCAUUACUGGUGGUGGUGGACGUGUUCCAUGGGAAAGCGUCAUCGACCGGACAUCGUCCCUGUCAAUGUGCUCAUCGCCUGCUUCAUCCUAA